CUACUACAUAAACACAAAUAUCAUAUAUAUUGUCAGUUAUACCUUAUCUAAUAUCUACCAUUGAUAUUCAUGAAAAUGCUCUCCCGUUCCUUCACCCCUCUUCUUCUCCGCUCCCGGAUCCCCAUCACUCAGCGGGCCUCUCUGUCCACCUCUACUGCCAGAUGGAGCCAGGACUCGUCAUCAUCCAGUGCUUAUAGAGAGGGAAUGGCCCGCUACAAACUCUUCGUGAGUCCCUUUGCCAAGGUCUUUCUCGGUGCCAUCUUCACCUAUCAGGUCAUUCACUGGACAUGGCUGAAGUUGGAGAUGGAUGAGUCUAAGGCGGAGAAGAAUAAGGAGGUGGAGGCGCUGGAGAAGAAGGCUAAGGAAUUGACCGGCGCGCAAAAAUAAGCGUUUUGAUCGCCUCAUUCAACUGGUUUAUUAUUUGUGUCUUGGAGUGUAUAUAUACCCCUAUCUUAGUCUUAUAUAUUGUCUAUGUGGAGUGCUUGUAGUAGUGGUAAUAGUAGUAGUCUUGCUCUUGAGUCUUUGAUUGUUGGCAUGCGUGUCUUCGUUAUAUAUGUGUGUGUAUCCUAGCGCUAUAAAAAACAAAGCAAAUGAUGUGAAUGG